AUGACGAGUCGUUCCAUUUGCGGCCGGGCAAAGGCGCGUUUAGCUAUUCUAGCUGCAAGCGCCUUCGGUUUAGAAUGUCAGGAAAUUGCUAAUUUGCGGACUCCAGAGCGUACUGCAAACAACGGCUCUUAUGAAUGGCGCAGUCGCGACGAUAGCUUCCUCAGAGCAUCUGUUUCUGAUAGACUCCCAAACGCUCCGCCUAGUGGCUGCGACUAUGCCAUCGCUAUUCGAGAUAUGCAAACGACAGCUUAUUCGGGAUACUUUACUAUAAUCAACGUUCGCGGCGACGGCUUGCCCAAUGACACCCAAUGUCCUGGUACCACUCCGAGUAAUCAAGAAGGCAGCAACCCGGCGGGUGGUAAUGGACCGACGAGCCCGACGGGAGGAAGUCCAAAUGGUAGCGGCCAGCAAAUAUCGGCUGGGAGCCAAGUGACGAAAGCGAUGCUCGGAGGAGCCAUAGCAGGGGUAGCUGGCGGGUUAAUUCUUGGGCUCGCGAUUAUUAUAUUGCUUGGCAGACGGCGAGGCUGGUUUGUCAACGACAAAUAUAUACAAACCGCUGUCACCAACGAGCUCAACCUAAGGAAUCAUAUCGCUAGCGAACAAAAGCAAGAGCUAAGCUCCGCUCCGAUAUUUCAAAUGCCGGCAGGACCGCAAGAAAAGUAG